GAGACAGAUGAUAAGGGAGGUAGCACCCUGGACGUGCUCCUUUCCUCCUCCUACUGCAGAUCUCAGGAUCGCCUCUCCAGACACCUCUCCCAGCUCCACCCGGAGCUAACCAUGCCUAUGUUCUCAGAAAUCACUCACAGAUUUCAGACAGCUAGACCAGAUGUUCGUCAACUUUUACUUGAGUAUUUGCUGCCUUGGCUUCACAACAUGGAGCUAGUAGAUCCAAAUGUCCCUCCAAGCAACCCACUAUCCUAUUACCAGUGUGUCAAUGAUAGCCGAUCUAAUUUGAAACGUGAAGGAUGGGGAUCAGUUGAAGCUACAGAAAUGGUUUUAAAUAAUCUGUUUUAUAUCACUGCAAAGUUUGCUGAUGAGCACGCAAAAGAAGUUGAACAGGUAUGGGCAACUUUAUGUUCCUGUUGGCCAAACAACCUCAAGGUCAUCAUUAGGUAUCUUAUAAUCAUCUCUGGAAUGGCACCGAAUGAGCUUUUACAAUAUGCUAAAAGGGUAGUAGUAUACCUUGCUCGUGCCCAGACUGACCGGCUGUUGGAUGAGAUGAUGGUGGAGCUACAUACUGUCGAAACCCUCUCUUGGCUGAUAGAAAGGACUGAAACUCCUCCAUUUUACAGAUUGACAAAUGUGAGGAAGGCAUCAAAUCAUUCAGAUCCUGGCCAGCCUGAGCCAAGGGAACAAGCGACAGAGCGGGGGACGAUCCAUACUAAGAGGCACUCAGGAGAAGAUCAGUCUAAAAUGACAUGUAAGUCUGACACUUUAGUAAGGUAUGGCUUUACUCCACCGAGAGGAGCUGACAAAAUUAGAACUGCCUCUGGACCUGCUGGUCUUCUAGAAGAGAUAAUGAGUCCUAAUGUUGACUGUGAGAAUGUUUGCUGUGAUGAAAACCAACGUUAUGACAUUCCCCAACCUCAUCCUCUUCCGAUGCCAGAAUAUGGUGGUUAUUUUGCACCCUUAACUGAGUAUCUGCCUGACACCCUGCAACCAAGCACUGGAUUUCACAGAUGCAAUGUUGCUGUGAUGCUGCUGAGUGAUGUGGUAUUAGAUGCUCCUCAGAUCGACUGGUCCAUUCACUUGCCGCUGAUGCUCCAAGGCUGCUUUCUUGGUCUAGACCACUCCCGUCCUCUUGUCACUUCACACUGCAAACAAUUGCUCCUUAACCUGCUUGUGGUCCUGGCUGGUCAUUCAGAUCACCUUGCCAUCGCUCAGAUACUGCUCAACAGGAAAACUAUUCAGCUGGGGCUUGGAAUAACCACACCUUCCAUUCCUGUUGUUGAACAUAAUUUCACUGAAGUUGAUUUAGAAUUUGAUAGUUACCUACAAGGCCCUAUGACAUCUAAUCCUCCUGGUGUUCCGGCCAUCCCUUCUUCUGGAGUGGAAUCUGGCCCACCACCCCCAGCUCCAGUGAUAGUAGUUGCGGAGGAGCCAACAAACUGGAGCCAGCCUGGUCCAAAUAUGCCAUUAGCUGAUGUUGUGAAAUCUCUAAUUGACUUCAUUGCAUCUAGACAAAACCAGGUGGUAUGGAAUUAUGAAGAUAUCACAGCAAAAGUCUGGUCUGUGCGGAGUGUUGAACAGAUGGAUAUAUUCUUACAGCAUGUGCUGAGAAUCUUCCGAGAGUCCCUACCUCACGCUCACAUCUCAGAAAGGUGGGGGCAGAUUGCUCUGCAGCUCGGUCUCUCCUGCUCUUCGAGGCAUUACGCUGGGAGGUCACUACAGGUUUUUCGAUCAUUACAUUUGCCAAUUACUUCUCGUAUGCUGUCAGAAAUUCUGUCUAGGCUUGUUGAAACUGUUGCUGAGCAGGGAGAAGACAUGCAGGGAUAUGUUACGGAACUGCUCCUUACUCUUGAAGCAGCUGUUGAUUCCCUUGAAUCAGAUUUUCGUCCUCUCGACUGCAUGAAGGAGAUUUUUAAAUCGACACCCAAUCUCAACAACAAGGAAGGUGGAAAACGUGGGCCUGGUAUCCCUGGAAUCUGUCCACUUUCUAACAACCAUACAAGAAGUACAUCUUACUCUGUUUCCUAUUCCAUGAGACGUGCAAAUUUGGAUACAAAGAUCGAUCUGAGGUGUCUGACGGUUUUGUCAGAGGUUGACAGUGGAGGAGGCUCUGGGGUUUGCUCUGGUAUGGGUGGAGGUCGCUGCUCUCCUCGUUACAACACUAACCUGACUCGCUCUCGCUCAGCCCAGUCGCUACGACUGCUUGGAGAUUCAGCUGCAACUCAGGAGGAUAAAAUGACUCUUCUCAGUCAGCUGUUCUGGCUCUCUCUGUCAUUGCUGCAAUCAGACUAUGAGCAUGAGUUUCUAUUGGCUCUUCGCCUCUUGGAUAGGCUCCUCCAUCGACUACCCCUCGACAGGCCCGAUGCCAGGGACAAGGUAGACAAACUACAGUCACAGCUCAAGUGGACCAAUUUCCCAGGGCUUCAUGCUCUACUCCUGAAGGGGUGCACAAACAGUAGCACAUAUGAGCCAGUGAUUGGAGUAUUGUCGCAGAUUAUACCUCUACUGCAUCUCCCAGUUGUUGAUCCAUCGCAGAAUUUGGCCUUCCCAAUGACCGUUAUUGCCCUACUUCCUUACAUGCUUUUGCAUUAUGAAGACGCUAACCAUAUCUGUAUAAUCUCUGCUGAAAAUAUUGCACAGGUCAGCAAUGAAAAAGGAAAAAAGUUGGAAAACCUCGGCACAGUUAUGACUCUCUAUUCAAGAAGAAACUUUAGCAAAGAAAGUUUUCAGUGGACGAAAUGUGUUGUUAAAUAUCUAUAUGAUACAUAUGCCCAUCUUAGUUUGAACAUGCUUGCUUUUUUGGUUGAGGUUCUGGAGAAAGGACCAACUAUAGUGCAAUUACCUGUGCUGAGUAUUAUCCACUGUAUGUUACAUUAUGUUGAUCUCGCCCUCCCAGGAGCACAGACACUUUAUGCUGAUCUUUUAAAAGUUAUAUCGAAAUACAUUGAGGGUAGCCAUUGGAAAGAAGCUCUGAAGGUGCUGAAGCUUGUUGUCACACGCAGUUCUACUCUAGUCGCUCCCCCACUCACUAGUCAUCACACACACUGGGAGCCUUCGCCACAUCUCUCGUUUACAGAUGUUGAACUAUUCACCAAGAAGGAGCUGCCAGGACGGACCAUGGACUUCACAUUUGAUGUUACCAAAACCCCCCUCAUCGGCCUUAAAGCUAAGACCAAAGGAAAAGAAGAAGGAACAGAAGAGGCUAACAGUUCAUCACCGAGGAGGUCAGUAUCUCUUUCUCCAGCUGACAGCCUAAGUGUUCCAGGCUGGAAGAGGCCGUGGAUCUCACAGGGAAGAGUUCGAGAAUCACUUGUUAAUCUCCUGACAGCAUGCGGACAAAGAGUCGGCUUGCCAAAGAGCCCAUCUGUGAUAUUUAGUCAGAGUUCUGAGGUCAUGGAGCGCCAGAGUAGUGUUGCUUCGUCAACCGAAGAAGUUUCUGGUCCUGAUCUAUCAGCUGGCUCACAGAACCCAGAUCAUUUUGGUGUUUUUAAAGACUUCGAUUUCUUGGAGUAUGAGAGUGAGAGUGUUGAGGGUGAAAGCACGGACAACUUCAAUUGGGGCGUUCGUAGAAGAGUACUUAGUGAAGGAGAUGGAGAACUAGACCCAGCCUUGCGUAUGUUGGAGGAGUCUGUUAGUGAAACAACACCGGUCCUAUCUACGAGGAAGCCAUAUGGGGGAAGUGAAGGUGUUGAAGAGUCAUCCGAUGAUGAAGUUGGUUCUGAAAGUCCAUUAGAUGAACUUGCUCCUGGUGAGUUUGUGCCAUCUUCGCCUGGGUGCCAGCAGUACACGGCUCUGUCUCUUUCUCUCAGGGAGAGAAGUAAUUCUACCACUCACUCAGAUACCAGUAGCUCCAGUGUUGGCGAUCUGGGUGAGCUUACUCCUUGCAACGCCUCUCCCAACUUGUCUGGGAUCAUGGCAUUCAGACCAAUUGCCAGGCAAGAUUCUGAGGAAGCCUGGAGGGUCCAUAUACAAUCUCUAGUUUCUCAUGUGCCGACCUCUCCUCUCCACAUUUUCCAUCUUUUACAUCGCGUAGUCAAGGAGGUUAUUAAGAAGAGUGUGUCACUGAGCCGUGAGGCUUGCCAGCUUUUGUGUGACUUUGAUGGUCUAUCGUCACCACUUGGCUCCCUCGGUGAAAAGUUAGCAACGAUCCAAGACCCUCCCUUGGUCUGGUUUUCACCGGACAGAAUAGUUUCCCACACCUUGUCUGAUACUCUUCGCUUUGGCAUGCUUGAACUCAGAGAGCACUUAGACACCUUUCUCGAUAGAAAAGACCAGGCCUCAGAGUGCAUAGAAAACAUGAAGGUUACUCAAAAACUUAAUGAGUGCCCUGAAAUGUGUGUAAUCUUAGAAACAGGAAGGAGCCUGUAUAAGCUUCAUUUUCAACUGGUGCUUCUCCUCGAAGCAGCCAACAAAAUGUAUUCCGUCCUCACAACUACUGCACAAGACAACAAAUUGCAGGAUGUAUCUUCGGAUGUGAUAGCAAUAAGGAAGAACCUGAUGAAAGCGUCCGCUGAAGAACAAGGUGAGGUAGAAGCCAGUUCAUUGCCUGAACUUGAUUCAGUCGUCCAGCUUCUCACUGAUUCCAAGUGGUCCACAGCUUUGGCUGUUGCUAAGGCCAACAGGGGCACUAUCACUAAUGAUAUCAUUACCACUGCUGCGGAGGACGACGAUGUCACUAAUAUUUUGAACCUGUACUGUUGCCAUUUGAUCAAGGCUAUGCCAGACAUAUUUGUUGUGACUGAACAAGACUUGGGAGAGACUGUUUCAAAGCUGAUGCAGGGCCUGUAUCAAGUUUUAGGUGCUGUAAACAACAUCGAAGAGAAACUUAGAUCAAUUGAUAGGCAAAAAUAA